AGCAUCAGUCAAACGAACUUCCAUGUACUAGCCGAGGAGCAGGCGCCGAUGCGGCCGGCGUCGGCCGCAGCGGAGCUUCUGGGGAGCUUUGUCUUUGCCUUCACGGUGGGGUGCAAUGUCUUGUCCGGCAACGUGCUGGAGACGCCCAUGGGCUGGGAGAUCGCUUCCAUCGCCUGCGCGUUGCUGGCGAUGAUGGCAGCCUUCGGGCCCCUGUCGGGUGGACAUUUCAAUCCGGCCGUCUCGGUGGCCAUGCUUUGUGCUGGCAAGAUGCAGCUCAUGGAUGCAUUUGUUUACAUCCUUCUGCAGCUUGCUGGGACCACCAUGGCCAUGCUCUUUGCUCGACAGCUCCUUGAGGAACACGAGCGAUCGGUCAUCCAUGUAGCUGGGAGAGAUGUAGUGGUGGAGACGAUCUAUGCCCUGAUGUUGAAUUUCGUGAUUCUUUGCGUCUCCGGUAAGAGGAACAAUCCCGAGAAUGAACCAAAUCAGUUCUACGGCAUCGCUGCCAGUAGCACCUUGGCGGCCGGGCUCAGCUGCACGCGCGGCCGGAAGACUGGGGUAGCUCAGAAGGAUUGGGCAGACCAUGUCUUCAACCCGGCCAUCACCAUUGGAUUGGGACUCACCCAGAUAGGCUUCCAGGUUCAUAGUCUUGUAAGCUUCGUCAUUGUGCAGCUGGUAGCCGCUGUGGCCGCAGCUGCGCUCUUUCGACUUCUGAGACCAGAAGAGAAGCUUAGUACGGAUCAAAUGGCCAGCUAUGUGCCCAGUUUGGCUGUGAGGCUGUUCUCGGAAUUCCUUGGAACUACUUUGCUGAUGUUGACCCUAGGUCUCAGCUCGUGGGAGAACAUUUGGGCGGCGCCCUGUGCCCUGAUGGGCCUGGUCUAUGCGCUGGGAGACCUUUCUGGAGGCCAUUUCAAUCCAGCGGUGACAGCAGCUGUUGUCUUAUCCAGGACUCGACUUCUGAUCUCCGCCGAUUUGUUGGGCUAUUGGGCUUGCCAGGUGGUUGGCUGCUUCGUGGCCGCAGUGACCUGCAUGAUUCUGAUCCCAGGCUUUCAUUGGGAUCUUGGCCCCAAGGCACCCUUUCAGGCUGGUGCUGCAUACAUUAUGGAGUUGACGUUUUCCAUCAUUCUUUGUCUGGCGGUUCUGGCUGUCUCAUGUAUCAAGGGCAUCAACAGCAUCUACAGCAGGAAUUUUUAUUUUGGCCUGGCCAUUGGCGUUGCCCUGCUAGCUGGCUGCCUCUGCUGCGCCAAAAUCUCCGGUGCGUGCUUCAACCCAGCGAUCUCGCUGGCUGUGGCCGUUAGUUCCCUGGUGCAGGGAAGGAUGUCCUCUGCAUUUUAUGCAUCUAACUAUUGCUUCAUAGAACUCUUGGCGGGGGUGAUCGCCGCUAUACUCUUCCGGGCAACACAUGCGAGAGAGUACACACCCAAAGAGGUCACAGCAGACCUCCAAGCAAGGAUGCCUUAAACAGUGCUCCCUGAGCUUCAGCAGAUCCGAGGAAGCAAAGCUCCGUGGGAAGCGCAAGCGCUGUCUCAAAUAGUCUGAGCCAUUGCUGUGUACAAUGGCUGAGCGGCUUCAAAACUGCAUCGGUUAUUGAUUGAGUCAGGUUGAACUCUCUCUCUCUCUGCAUCUCUCAUCCCAACGGUGAAAGGCAUUUCGAGAGACGUCGUAAAUUUGACAGAGAAAUGCAGACGGUGCCAGUUGCAUACCAGUGCAACCCAGUCAAAACAUUGCCGCCUGGGGCGGAGCGCGAG